AUGCAGGAAAGUCGGUUGGCCUCGGCGUCCGCGGCUCAAGUGAAUAUCUUAUCGCCCGCGCCGAUUCCCCGAUUCCGCUUCAACUCAACAACAAUGACAGGGCCAACAGGCAAUCUUGCCAAUUUUGGUGGCAAGAGACUCAAUGUCCUACUCUAUACUGGUUUGUUCAACCUUAUUGCCCAGCGAAUCAGCCAUUCUCUAACGAAUGAUUCUACGACAGGACAUGGAACAACCGUUGACUCAGUCCGUCACUGCCUCUACACCCUACGCCGCCUCCUCGCUCCACACUAUGCUGUCAUUCCCGUGACAAGUGAUAUGAUUCUAAAAGAGCCAUGGAUGACCACAUGCGCGAUGCUCGUCAUGCCCGGCGGCGCGGACAUGGGAUACUGUCGCACGCUGAACGGUGCGGGGAACCGGCGCAUUACACAAUUCGUCCGCAAUGGUGGUAGAUACCUGGGCCUCUGUGCUGGCGGGUACUAUGGGUGCAAAAGCUGCGAGUUCGAGGUCGGCGACAAAAAAAUGGAGGUCAUUGGAGACCGCGAAUUGGCCUUCUUCCCGGGGAUCUGCCGCGGCGGGGCAUUCCCGGGCUUCGUUUAUCACAGCGAGGCAGGGGCGCGCGCAGCAAGCAUUGAUGUUGUGAAGGAAUCUUUGGACCCCGGGGCUGUCCCUGGAACCUUCCGGUCCUACUAUAAUGGCGGUGGAGUUUUCGUUGAUGCGCCCCUACUCGCGGACAAAGGGGUGGAGGUUCUUGCGAACUAUAAUGAGAAAUUGAAUGUUGAUGCUGGGGAAGGAUCUGCUGCUGUUGUAUACUGCAAAGUUGGCAGCGGAGCGGCGGUCCUAACAGGCCCUCAUCCCGAAUUCGCGGCUGUUAACCUCGACCCGAAAGCGGCUGGUCCAGAAUAUGCGGAAAUGGUGGCAGCCCUCGCUGCAGAUGACAAGCAGCGUACCGACUUUUUGAAGGCGUGUCUAGUCAAGCUCGGACUGGAGGUUGCACAGGACACAACGGUGCCUUCGCUGUCAUCAUGUCACAUAUCGGGCAUUGAUGCUGAUGGCCCAAUGGACAUUCUCUCUGGCCUUGGUUCCACUAUCACCAAGGAAGGUGAGACUGAAUACCUCAAAGACGCGCAUGAUAAGUUCCGCAUCGAGAGGCCAGGAACGUGGAACCUCGGUGAUUUGGAAGAAUCACUCCCAACAGCGUCCGAGGGAAUUAUUGAUUAUCAGUCAAUUACGAAGCGUCUUGUUUUCCAUGAUGAUCUUCCAGACUCGAAGCUGACACCUUACUUCAACCACCAUGCAUUCUACUCCAAUCUUCGUCAGUACCAAGCAGAGUCUAAGGGAGACGCUUCGACAUUUGGAAACAACAUUCUUUACGGAGAGGUAGUGACUAGCACUAAUACGCUGUUGGAAAAAAAUACACAAUUGCUCCGUCAGUUGCCACAAGGAUUUACAGCGACAGCUACGGCUCAAAUUGCGGGACGUGGACGUGGAUCCAACGUAUGGGUCUCGCCAGCCGGCUCUCUGAUCUUCUCGACCGUUGUGCGACACCCGGUGGACAAAAUCCAGUCGGCGCCGGUGGUAUUCCUCCAGUACCUUUCAGCCAUGGCCGUCGUUCGAGGCAUUAAAAACUACGCCCCUGGAUACGAAAACAUCCCAGUCAAGCUCAAGUGGCCAAACGACAUUUACGCUCUAGAUCCAGAUGACCCAGAACAAAAGCGGUAUACCAAAAUCUGCGGAAUCCUUAUCAACUCCCACUUCAUGUCUAACGAAUAUAUCUCUGUGGUCGGAAUUGGCGUAAACGCUACCAACGCCUCCCCCACCACAGCUUUGACAUCCCUCGCCGCGCGUUACGCGACCCCUGGUGCUGCGACCGCAUCUCCUGUCACCCUUGAGAAGCUGCUCGCGCGCAUUCUGACUACUUUUGAAUCCCUCUACACCCGGUUUUUGCGUACUGGCUUUGAUCGAGGCUUCGAAGCUAUGUACUACCAGGACUGGUUGCAUAUGCAUCAAAUUGUCACGCUUGAGGAAGAGGGUGGUGCCCGCGCUCGCAUCCAGGGUAUCACGCGUGACUGGGGGCUCCUGCUGGCCGAGGAGCUGGGAUGGCAAGAUCGGCCUACAGGACGGGUUUGGCAGUUGCAAAGUGACAGUAACAGCUUUGACUUCUUGCGUGGGCUGGUUAGGCGCAAGGUGUAG